UCAGCAGGAGGAGCCUCGCCAGGCUGCUGACGGAUGCUGUCCAUAAAAGGGGGGGGACUCGGAGACGGAGGCCAGAGGGUCGUGGCAGGACAGCUGCUUCAUCUCAGGUAGCUUUUUGGGAUCCAGUCCAAAAUGUGGCAGUCAGUGGCCUCUCUGUGUCUCCUGGUGGCCCUCACAAGUGCCCGUUAUGUACACAACUUUCCCCCUCUCUCUCACGACAUGAUAAACUACAUCAAUAAGCUGAACACCACCUGGCAGGCGGGGCACAAUUUCUACAACGUGGAUAUGAGUUACGUGAAAAAACUGUGUGGCACGUUCAUGCAUGGCCCCAGGCUACCAGAAAGGUUCAACUUUGCUGACGACCUGGUUUUACCCAAAAGCUUUGACUCGCGGAAGCAGUGGCCAGGCUGUCCAACCAUCAGUGAGAUCAGAGACCAGGGAUCUUGCGGCUCCUGCUGGGCAUUUGGUGCAGUGGAAGCCAUUUCAGACCGGGUUUGCAUUCAUACCAACACCAAAGUAAAUGUGGAAAUCUCUGCGGAAGACCUGCUGUCCUGCUGCGGCUUUGAGUGCGGGAUGGGGUGUAAUGGGGGCUACCCUUCAGCUGCAUGGAGAUAUUGGACUGAAAAGGGCCUGGUAUCUGGUGGACUUUAUGACUCGCACAUCGGCUGUAGGCCUUAUUCCAUCCCUCCCUGUGAGCACCACACCAAUGGAACUCGACCCCCGUGCACUGGAGAAGGCGGUGAUACCCCAAAAUGCACAAAACAAUGUGAAGCGGGCUAUUCUCCCUCCUAUCAGGAUGACAAACACUACGGAGUGACCUCCUACAGUGUCCCUCGCAGCGAGGAGGAGAUAAUGGCUGAAAUCUAUAAGAACGGCCCCGUGGAAGGAGCAUUUGUUGUUUUCUCAGACUUCCUCAUGUACAAGUCAGGUGUCUACCAACAUGUCUCCGGAGAGGAAGUCGGAGGUCACGCAAUCCGAAUCCUUGGCUGGGGCGUUGACAAUGGCACCCCCUACUGGCUGGUAGCCAAUUCCUGGAACACAGACUGGGGCGAGGAUGGCUUAUUCAGAAUCCUCCGUGGGCAGGAUCACUGUGGGAUUGAAUCUGAAAUCGUCGCUGGAAUCCCUCGGACAAGCCAAUACUGGAAGCAGCUGUAACACUGUUCUAAAUCCAGCCAGUUGCCUGUCCUACAAAUAAUCAUACCUGUGGAGACUGUGGAGCUGCGGUUGCAAAAGUUCCAUGCAAGACAUUUUAGACUUCAGCUUUUCAUUAAAGCCUUCUAAAAAAAUUUUUUAAAAAGCAAAACAAGACACACCUUGUGUCGCCCUGCCCCCUCUAGCAGUUUGCCUUUGCACGAGAAGUGUGAGAUGCGUGUGUUCAACACAAACCUUUCCAGGGCUGCUAGGCCAAAUGGCAGGCCGUGUGCAGGGGUGACUGGGGAUGGUUUUCAAAAGGUAUCAAGGAGUCUUCUAUGAGUGGAAGCGAAUACAACCCCCCAGUCAUUCUGUACCACCUCUGUGAUACCUGAAGCUUCCUCCAAGCCUUAAUUGCCAUGAUCCUCUGGAGUUUCUCUUGAGUUAAGUAAUGCUGCAGAGCCAAUAUAGUUGAUCCCAUGAGUGGCAAUUCCUUGGUCGGCUGUAUAACCUAGUGCCAAGUGGCAGAACAUCAUAUCCUUGGUCCUCUUCUUCCGUCUCAACAUGUGCCUGAAUUGAGCACAGGAAGGACAGGAGAGGUUUCAAAGCAGGGCCUUGUUUUUAAACUGAUCCAACCCCAACAGUGCAACAGACAGGCAAGCACACUCCUGCUUCUCUGGCGGAGACUGCCUCUGUGUUAAACUCUUAUUUGAGUUCCUUAUUUUAGUUUGGCUUUAUUGGAGUGCAGUGACAUCAUGUUCACUGGUGUCUGAAACCAACUUGUCAUAACUGCAUUUAACAAAUGCAGGAACGGACAGCAACCAAAGGUGUCUGCCCCUUUUUUUAAAAAAAAAAAAGCAAAGACCUCUGUGAUGACAUUCAAUUUGUUUUUCUUAUCCUCCUAUUCUGUGAGGAGAGCUGGUAUAUGACCAGCCAAUAGUUAAAUAAAAGCCUAUAUGAUCCAAGCAUGCAGCCUGCCGUUAGGGAAUAAAGCAAAUAGAUGCAACUCGGUUAUUUCACUGGCUUCCAAUUUCAAAAACGUGGUUCUUGUUAAAUGCAAAAAGGUCCUUAGAUUUGGGUGCUGUUGCAAUCACAACUUUUAUCAAUGUCUUUUCUGUCAUCAAUAAAGGCCUCAGCAAUUGA